ACAGCCGCAGAGAGAACCAGAGAGAGUAAGAGAGAGAUGGGACGAGUCAUCAGAGCUCAGCGUAAGGGUGCCGGCUCCGUCUUCAAGUCCCACACCCACCACCGCAAGGGCCCCGCCCGCUUCCGCUCCCUCGACUUCGGCGAGCGCAACGGCUACCUCAAGGGCGUCGUCACCGACAUCAUCCACGACCCCGGCCGUGGCGCACCGCUCGCUCGUGUCAGCUUCCGUCAUCCUUUCCGCUACAAGAAGCAGAACGAGCUCUUCGUCGCCGCUGAGGGCAUUUACACCGGUCAGUUUAUUUACUGCGGUAAGAAGGCUAAUUUGGUCGUCGGGAAUGUUUUGCCGAUCAGAUCUAUCCCCGAGGGAGCCGUCGUCUGCAACGUCGAGCACCACGUCGGCGACCGUGGUACCCUCGCUAGGGCUUCUGGUGAUUAUGCUGUUGUUAUCAGCCACAAUCCUGAUAACGAUACUUCCAGGAUCAAGCUUCCAUCUGGUGCCAAGAAAAUUGUUCCAAGUGGAUGCCGUGCUAUGAUUGGGCAGGUUGCAGGGGGUGGAAGAACAGAGAAGCCUAUGCUCAAGGCUGGUAAUGCCUACCACAAGUUCAGGGUGAAGAGAAACUGCUGGCCUAAGGUGCGUGGUGUGGCUAUGAAUCCCGUUGAGCAUCCUCACGGAGGAGGUAACCACCAGCAUAUUGGUCAUGCUAGCACAGUCAGGCGUGAUGCUCCUCCUGGGCAGAAGGUUGGUCUCAUUGCUGCCAGGAGAACUGGUCGUCUCAGAGGACAAGCUGCAGCAACUGCCUCCAAGGAGAAGUAGAGUUGAUUUUACAUCUACAUGUUAUGUUUAUUUGAGUGCCAUUAGGAAGAAAACUACCGCUUCUUUUGAUCUAAAUUUACUGUUUUGGAAGAACCGCAUAAUUUUACCGUAGACUACCUACCGAGUGCAUUUUGUGGUAUGAGUUGCUCUUCUGUUCCAUCCUUUUAUGCCUUUUCUUGGAGAUAUCUGUUUUUUUUACUUCCAUGAGUUAGUAAUCUUUAGUGUUUGAUA